AAAACAUGGGUGGACUAACGUCGCCCAAGAAGCCUUCAGCCUCACAAAUGAGACAAAAAGCGCUCAAAUGCACUGUCGAGUUGGAUAUCCAAUCUAUAACUUGUCCAGGGGUAGUGUUACCAUCCCAAGAAGACAUUUAUGUGAGUGUUCGGAUAAUGGGCCAGUAUCAGAAGUCCAAGUGUGUCCCUCCAGUUUUCCCUCUGCGGCUACAUGAAAAAAUGGUGUUUGUGAAGACCUUUGUGGGAGCAGUUGACCCGGCUGCUGUAGCUGAGCAUCUGGAGAAUGAUACAACAUCUUUAGAGCUCAUUCAGCUCAUUCCUCCAGAGGGUGAGAUCCUGGCCACGUUUGAAGAAGACACCCGGGAGUUUCUGUAUCCAGGCCCCCGUUUGACUCCCAGAAGCCCUGGCCCAGAGAGAGAGAUUCUGAUGAAGAGAUCCAUCUCCUUCCCCGGAAUCUCUCCCAAAGUGGAGUUUUCAACGACGUCUAUUAUUGAGGAGUGUGAUGUGAAACAUGGUCAGCCUGCCAUGUCUUCAUGUGGUCGUUCCUCAAGUAAGCCCUGUAGUGUGAGUACUUGCCCUGCAGACUCGAAGAAGAAGAAGAAGCCAGUCACAGCGCCAUCCUGUGGAUACGAAAAGCCAACCGUGUCAUCCCAAAGCCGUGCUCCUUCACCCUACACCCACCGCAAGAUGUGUCAGCUGUCUGAGGAGGCCAGACAACGACUCAGCAACCUCAAACUGGGGCCCUACACAUUUAAAAAAGAGACGGUCCCUCGGGCUCCAUUUGUGGUGCCCCGAAGCCCAAACACGCCACUGAUGGAAUCCUCCAUGUGUCUUAUGUCUCAGUCAUCUACUAAAAGAAGCCCCCUACGUCUGCAAUCACGGAGCUACACCACAGACCACACAGAUCCCUCUCUCCUUGGAAGUUUUAGAUCAAAGCCGUCACAUACAGCCAGAAGUUUUCAAAAUAAAUCCCCCAAAAAUCAUUCCACCCCUGUGUCCAGCACGCUCCGAGAUCAGAGUCCAGUCCUGACCCGCUCUUCCAUGAGAGAACGGUACAUUUAUAAAGCGUCGGAGGAGAUCCACAAACGAGUGCAGAGAAUCCUAGACAUCCACGGACCUCGCUGCAAGCUUUCUUUUGAUGAAGAGAGUGAGGAGGAGGAGGGGUUCAGACAGAGUUUACGUGUUUCCACCCACCGUGACUCAGUGAUUGACAGGCGGCUGUCAAAGGACAGGCUUCUUUCUGGAGAUCCAUCUGUUCAUUUAGACAAUGGAACAGUCUGGACUAACAGAGCAGCUGCGUACACAGGAAAGGCGCAAAGAGCGGUGUUUGAGGACAGUUUGAGCAAAAUCUACAGGCACCUCUACAGAAACGCAUCACAGCCCGGACAAAGCACCUGAACACAAUAGCCAUAGAUAUGUUUAAUCAGUU